CCUUACCCCACCUCUCACCACAGUGAUGGGCUACCGAGGGGCUUGGAAUAGAGGACAAGGAGUAUGUGGGUUUCGCUGCCCUCCCCAAUCAGCUGCACCGCAAGUCUGUCAAGAAGGGGUUUGACUUCACACUUAUGGUGGCAGGGGAGUCAGGCCUGGGGAAAUCCACCCUCAUCAACAGCCUGUUCCUCACCAACCUCUAUGAGGAUCGGCAGGUGCCAGAGGCUAGUGCUCGCUUGACACAAACGCUGACCAUUGAGCGCCGGGGCGUGGAGAUCGAGGAGGGGGGUAUCAAGGUGAAGCUCACCCUGGUGGACACUCCUGGCUUUGGGGACUCAGUGGACUGCUCGGACUGCUGGCUGCCCGUGGUGCGUUUCAUCGAGGAGCAAUUUGAGCAGUACCUUAGGGAUGAGAGUGGCCUGAACCGGAAGAACAUCCAGGAUUCCCGAGUCCACUGCUGCCUCUACUUCAUCUCACCCUUCGGCCGGGGGCUCCGGCCCCUAGAUGUGGCCUUCCUCCGGGCAGUACACGAGAAAGUCAACAUCAUCCCAGUCAUCGGCAAAGCAGAUGCCCUCAUGCCUAAGGAAACUCAGGCCCUCAAGCAGAAGAUCCGGGACCAGUUGAGAGAGGAGGAGAUCAACAUCUACCAGUUCCCGGAAUGUGACUCUGAUGAAGAUGAAGACUUCAAGAGGCAGGAUGCAGAGAUGAAGGAAAGCAUCCCUUUUGCAGUCGUCGGUUCCUGCGAGGUGGUGAGGGAUGGCGGGAACCGACCGAUGAGGGGACGCCGCUACUCUUGGGGUACUGUGGAGGUGGAGAACCCACAUCACUGCGAUUUCCUGAAUCUGCGACGGAUGCUGGUGCAGACACACCUGCAGGACUUGAAAGAGGUGACGCAUGAUGUGCUCUACGAGGGCUACCGGGCCCGCUGCCUACAGAGUCUGGCCCGGCCUGGGGCUCGUGAUCGAGCCAGCCGCAGUAAGCUUUCCCGCCAGAGCGCCACAGAGAUCCCGCUGCCCAUGCUGCCUCUGGCCGAGACGGAGAAGCUGAUCCGCGAGAAAGACGAAGAGCUGCGCCGCAUGCAAGAGAUGCUGGAGAAGAUGCAGGCCCAGAUGCAGCAGAGCCAGGCUCCCGGCGAGCAGUCGGACGCUCUCUGAGGCCCGGUCCCGCCUCUCCUCGGCUCCGCCCCAGUCCGUCCCGUGUCCAAUCCCCGCAGCCCCAGCCGCCGGGCCGUCCUUGCCCGGGUCCGUGCGGGCCCUCUCGCCGCGCGCUUCUACCGGUGCCUGAGUUGUAGCCCCCGGCCCGCCCUC